AUGGAAGUGUUCAAGAGGAAAGACACGCCAGCCACUGUGGGCAGCGGCAGAGGCAAGAAGAAGAAUAGCAACAAUAAAGCAGACGUCAGAAAUCCCAGCCAAGUUCAACUUGUUGGAUUAUCGACAACAUAUCUGUCGUCAUCAUUACUAGAAUUAUUCCCAACGCCAACAUCUGACUUAUCUCGUCACUGCUACGCCUGCAAAAGAAUCUAUUUUGAUAUUAAAAGGAGAAAGUUUUGGGGUUUCACAUUUCUUCACGGCAACAGCUACACGCUUCCACCACACAACGACAACAUGGUCCACUCGAGAGACGAAAGUUUUGAGACAGAAUUCAUAGAUGACACUUUCUACCUAAGCUAUAAACAACAAGAACUUGAUGUCCCGACGCUGAAGGUAGAAGACACAGAACGGCCUGGAAUUAAAGAUACAUCCUCCAAAGAGAAAAAUCGGCCUAUGUGCCAGAUAUCUGGAGUACGUAAACUUAAACACACAAACAGUUUCACCGGAGUUGUCCCAAAAUAUGGUGUGGAAACACCUCAUAAAGAAGAACUUGGAAAGUAUUUGGCAGACAUUGACAAAUGGGGCGUGGAUUUGUUUAAAAUCUCUGAAUAUUCCAAUAACCGGCCACUCACUUGUGUGACAUACACUAUAUUACAGGAAAGAAACUUGCUGAAGACAUUCAAUAUUCCGGCCCAGACUGUUGUGACCUAUUUGAUGCACCUGGAAGACCACUACCAUCGAGACGUCCCAUACCAUAAUGCCAUGCAUGCUGCAGAUGUCACACAGUCAACCCAUGUUUUGUUGUCAGUAUCAGCUCUGGAGAAUGUAUUUACAGAUCUGGAAGUAUUAGCAGCCAUAUUCGCUUGUACAAUUCAUGAUGUUGAUCACCCAGGAGUUACAAAUCAGUUUUUAGUAAACACGAGUUCAGAGCUUGCCCUUAUGUAUAAUGACGAAUCAGUGUUGGAGAACCAUCACUUGGCUGUAGCAUUUAAACUCUUACAGGAAGAGAACUGUGAUAUUUUUGCAAAUCUUUCCAGAAAGCAUCGCCAAUCACUUAGAAAAAUGGUUAUAGAUAUGGUGUUAGCUACCGACAUGUCCAAACACAUGAGUCUGCUGGCAGAUCUGAAGACAAUGGUAGAAACAAAAAAAGUUGCUGGUUCAGGAGUUUUACUGCUGGAUAACUAUACUGACAGAAUUCAGGUCUUGCAAAAUAUGGUCCAUUGCUCAGAUUUGAGUAACCCCACAAAACCUUUAGAAGUUUACAGAAAAUGGGUUGACCGAAUCAUGGAGGAAUUUUUCAUUCAAGGAGACAUGGAACGUGAUAAAGGCUUAGACAUUAGUCCCAUGUGUGACCGACACACUGCUACUGUAGAGAAGUCCCAGGUCGGAUUCAUUGAUUACAUUGUCCAUCCACUGUGGGAAACAUGGGCAGAUUUGGUUUAUCCAAGUGCUCAGGAGAUCCUGGAUACAUUAGAGGAUAACAGGGAUUGGUACCAGAGUAUGAACCCCAUAAGCCCCUCAGCUAGCUUCUGUAACAAUUCAGGAGGCAGCAGUAGUGGCUGCAAGGAUUCAGAAGAGACAAGAUUUCAGUUUGACGCCACCACAGAGGAUGACAAAAGCCAGCAUAGCCGUGACUCCAGCACAGUAACUGUACACUUUGAUACCUCAAGUCUGAAUGAAGAGACAGCUGAUCAGUUAGACAAUGAGGAGGAGGAGGAAGAAGAGGAAGAACUGGCCGAACCUUGA